CGGAGCAGAGCCAUCAGCGACGCAACACGACGCGGGUCGUCUCUGGCCCCGGCAGCCGGUACACCAACAUGAUAGAGGUCUAGGGGACGUGAGAGUGAGAGAGAGAGAGAGAGAGAGAGAGAGAGAGGAGGGGUUCUGGGACUUAGAAUUUUUUUACGGUGAGGAGGUGUGAACCAAUGCGAGGAGUGCGAGAUAAAAUCGAAAGGAACCAAAACUUCGGAUCCGGCCACACAAUCAGUGCCAGCUGGUAAUGAGAACCAAAAGUGAUAAGUCAUUAUCACUGCCGGUUGUAUUUUAUAACUGGCAGUGAUAUGAAUUUUUUACCGAACCGGCAAUGAUACGGUUUUUAUUGAUUCGGCAGUGAUGAGAUGACAAAUAUGAUCAUUUCUGUAGUAGUGUAUCUAGAUAUUUGAUUGACCUGAUUCUUGUUGGGUUAGUUCUGCAAGUUUAUCUAGUUUAUACUGUUAAAAUUUGAGGUCGAUCGGAGUUACGGAUUUGGAUCUACAUUUUUUGAUUAAAGGUGAAUUGUUUUUAUCUAAAUGUAAAUUUAGUUUUCUCAAUCAUUCACCUCCUUUUGAUUACCUAUUUAGCGUGUAAUCGGUCCUAUAUAGAGUUUAAGAAUGUAUAGCUAGCAGUUGCAGUGAGACUGGCGCAUCCUGGAGACGGAACAAUGCCAUCAAUAGCUAGCUCCCAAGAGGCAACGACUUGACUUGCUCUCCCAGUAGUCACUGCAGUAGGAAGUAGGAACUGCCCUUUGGGUUUUCAACCGGCUCCUCGGCUUCUGCAUCAUUUCAUCAAUCGGUGCAUAAAGGUUCAGAUUUCUCUCCUCUUUCUUCUCUUAAGUCACGCCCGAUUUGUAUGAGUUGACAGUAUGUAUAGCUAGCAGAUCGUGAGAUACAUGGAUGGAUGCUCAAUAAUUUACUGGACCCGGAGAGGUCCGGAGAGACGCGGAUGGGCAGACCGUGCAUGUAUAGCUAGCAGUUGCAGUGACACUGGCGCAUCCUGGAGACGGAACCAUGCCAUCAAUAGCUAGCUCCCAAGAGGCAACGACUUGACUUGCUCUUCCAGCAGUCACUGCAGUAGGAAGUAGGAACUGCCCUUUGGGUUUUCAACCGGCUCCUCGGCUUCUGCAUCAUUUCAUCAAUCGGUGCAUAAAGGUUCAGAUUGCUCUCCUCUUUCUUCUCUUAAGUCACGCCCGAUUUGUAUGAGUUGACAGUGCACCUCUGACUGAAGAGAUCCUGUUCGGAGCAAAAAAAAGUCGCAUUGACACAUACUGAUCUCCUUCUGCAUCACUCUGCUGUUGCAUCCUUUCGCUCUGCUCUGCUCAUGGUAUGUCGCUGGCUGUGGAAAGCUCCAUGGCCUCCAGUUAAGCAAGAGACAAUUCUGAUUUCCUCCUUUUUCUUCUCAUAACACACGCCUGGUUUACACAUCUGAACAAACCGCAUCUGCAAGAAGAGAAGGCUUCGUCCGAAAAAUGAUCAAUUCAACCAUUCCUCCGCUGUUGCAUCCUUUUUCUUCCGUGUUAACAUGAGGUAUCAGAAGGUUUGAUGCACCCGUUUCUGUUUGACCUCUCAUUGAAGAGAUCUUGUUGGGAGCAAAAAAAUCGCAUUGACACAUUCUGAUCUCCUUCUGCAGCACUCUAAUCAGUGUUUUAUCAAUCGAUCCAUAAUUAGGUGUAGCAGCGUUAUCUGGUUUUCCAUUGGUGAUUGGCUGAUAACUUCUGUUAUCCAUUUUAUAAAUUGGUUUAUCAGUUACUUUUCAUCUCCCUUAGGCUCAGUCUGCUGCAUGUUAAAGUAGUGAUGGGUUGAUCAAACUGUUUCCGUGGAGAUGAUUACUAUUGGAUCUUAUUAUCAACAAUUUUCUCUUGCCGGAAGCUAGGUUCGUAAGCCCACAACUUUUUUGGUGAAUCUCCCUCACGUCUUCAUCUGAUGGCAACAAUACUAGAUUCAUUGGUUGGAUCAUGCGCCAAGAUGUUGGAAGAUCUCAUUACAGAGGAGGCCACACUAAUUUUAGGUGUGAAAGAAGAGCUCAUGGAACUGCAACGAAGAAUGGACCAAAUCCGACACUUUCUUAAUGAUGCAGAGCGAAGGAGCGUAGAAGAAUCAGCUGUUAACAAUUGGCUUGGUCAACUAAGAGAUGCUAUGUAUGACGCCGAUAUUAUUAUUGACUUGGCUAGAUUGAAAGGACGCAAGCUAUUGCCGGAUGAUUCUUCGCCAUCAUCAAGCAAAUCAAGUACAUGUAGUGGCCUUUCCCUUUCCUCUUGCCUUUCUAAUUUCCGAACACGUCAUGAGGUUGCUGUCAAGAUUAGAAACCUGAACAAAAGAAUAGAGAAUAUUGUAAAGGACAAAGUAUUUUUAUCACUCAGGGAUACACAAUCUACUGAACAAGUUUCAGCACCAAAACUGAGAAAAAGUUCCAACCUUGUUGAACCCAACCUUGUGGGUAAGGAGGUCGUACGUGCUUGCAGAAAAGUAGUAGAUUUGGUGCUUGCGCAUAAGGAAAAGAAGUCUUACAAGCUCGCUAUUGUUGGAACGGGAGGAGUCGGGAAGACGACACUAGCUCAGAAAAUCUACAACGACCAAAAGAUAAAAGGGAUCUUCAACAAACAUGCAUGGGUUUGUGUUUCCAAAGACUAUUCUGAAGUUGCUCUCUUAAAGGAGGUUCUUCGAUGUAUUGGAGUACACCAAGAGCAAGGCGAAUCAGUUGGAGAGCUCCAAAGCAAUCUAGCAUCAGCCAUUAAAGAUAAGAGUUUUUUCCUUGUGUUGGAUGAUAUCUGGCAGUCUGACAUAUGGACAAAUCUACUGAGAACUCCACUGCAUGCUGCAGCCACAGGGAUAAUUCUAGUAACUACUCGACAUGACACUGUUGCUGUAGAAAUUGGGGUGGAUGAUACACAUCGAGUUGAUUUGCUGUCAGUGGAUGUAGGAUGGGAGUUACUUUGGAAGAGCAUGAACAUCAACGAAGAGAAAGGAGUGCAAAAUCUGCGGGACAUAGGGAUUAAGAUUGUUCGAAAAUGUGGUGGUCUUCCUCUUGCAAUCAAGCUUAUCGCCAGAGUUUUAGCAAGCAAAGAUCAAACAGAGAAUGAAUGGAAAAAGAUUUUAAGAAAAGAUGCAUGGUCCAUGAGCAACAUUCCAAGUGAAAUAAGAGGUGCUUUAUAUCUAAGCUAUGAAGAGUUACCACACCAUUUAAAACAGUGUUUCGUCUAUUGUGCUACAUAUCCUGAAGAUAAAGUUAUUUGUCGUGAAGAUAUUAUCAGGCUUUGGGUGGCUGAAGGAUUUAUAGAUGAGCAAGAAAGCCAACUACUAGAAGAUACAGCAGAAGAAUACUACAACGAGUUGAUCUAUCGGAAUCUCCUCCAACCAGAUUAUAGAUAUGCUGACCAUAGUCGAUGCAGAGUGCAUGAUCUAUUAUGGCAGCUUGCUCGUUAUUUGUCUAGAGAAGAAUGUUUUGUUGGAGAUCCAGAAUCAUUAGGGUCUAAUAUUAUAAGUUAUAUUCGACGUAUUUCAGUUGUCACUAUGAAGGAUAUGCUGGUGUUACCUAGCAUGGAUAAGGAGCAAUAUAAAGUGAGAACUUGGAGAAGUACAUCUGGCAAGUCUCCGAGAGUUGAUAAAGCAAUAUUCAGAAUAUUCCCAUACAUUCGAGUUUUGAUUUUGAAUGGCAUGCUUAUACAAAGUAUUCCAUCUUGUAUUGCAAGUUUGAUCUAUCUCCGGUUCCUUGAUCUUGAUGACACUGACAUAUCUUAUCUUCCGGAGUCCAUCCGUUGUCUCUUAAACCUUCAGAUAUUGAACCUGCAGAGGUGUGAUUCUUUGCACAGUCUUCCUUCAGGAAUCACUCAGUUAUGUAACUUAAGGCGUCUUGGUCUUUCUAGGACACCAAUAGAUCAGGUUCCAAAAGGGAUAUGCGGGUUGAAGUUUCUCAAUGAUUUAGAAGGAUUUCCGAUUGGUGGUGGCAAUGAUAAUAGUACUAGAAUGCAAGAUGGAUGGAACCUGGAAGAGUUAGGUCCUCUUUCGCAACUGAGGAGGCUUGAUAUGAUUAAAUUGGAAAAAGCAACUUCUAGUACUGCAGAUUCGCUGUUAAUAGACAAAACGUAUCUCAAAGAAUUAGAUCUACUUUGCACUGAACAUACAGAUGAGCCAUAUUCUGAGGAGGAUGUAAUCAAUAUUGAGAGGACCUUUGAGCAGCUAAUACCUCCACACAACCUGGAAGAUCUAUGUAUUGUGAAUUUCUUUGGUCGGAGGUAUCCCACCUGGCUAGGUACUAAUACCCAUUUGUCUUCAGUAAUAUACUUGAACCUCAUAGACUGCAAAUCAUGUCUGCAUAUUCCUCCAAUCGGGCAGCUCCCCAACUUGAAAUAUCUGAGAAUCCAUGGAGCAACUGCAAUUACCAAGAUUGGACCCGAAUUUGUUGGCUGUGGGGUGGGUAAUCACGGAUUUGCAGAGGCAGUGGCUUUCCCCAAGCUUGAAACAUUGGUCAUCUGGGAUAUGCCCAACUGGGAGGAGUGGAACUUUGUUGUUGUUGAAGAAGAAGAAGCAACAACGACAGCAGGUAAGGAAGGGGCAGAGGAUGGAGCUGCUACGAAGCAAAGGUGGAAAGUGGACCCACCACCGAGGAUGCAGCUGUUCCCUCGUUUGAAGAAAUUGGAGCUUAUCCACUGCCCCAAGCUGAGAGGUCUCCCACGGCAGCUUGGACAGGAGGCCACCAGGUUGAAGGAGCUCCAAUUAAGACGUGUGGACAGCCUUAAGGUGGUGGAGAGCCCCCCGUUCCUGCCAGAGGUCCUUCUAAUUGAUGGAUGUGAAGGCCUGGAGCGGGUCUCGAAUCUUCCCCGAGUGAGAGUGCUGCAAUUAAGCCGUUGUCCGAAUUUGAAGUGUGUUGAGCAGUUGGACAGAUUGGAGCAGUUGUGGCUCGGCGUGGCUAUGCAGGACCUCUCCUCACUGUGGGUGCCUGGGCUUCGACAACAACGCCACCAACUCCAUGGAGAAGACCUGGACGUCUACACAUGGGAUUGAGGCUGAGAGACACCCUGAUCGCAAUGGCACUACAUCAAUUAAAACGAAGACAGUUCCAGACGGCUCUCCACAUUAUCAAUCCUAGAGACUCAUGCAGUUGUCAUUCUCUGUAUUAUUGUAUUACCCACUUAUGACUCUUUUCCCCUUGCAUGGAAAAAUACCAAAAAAAUUCCAAAAAACAAAAAAGUUAAAAAUCCAAAAAUAAAAAAAAGGAAAAAUGAAAAGCCAAAAAAGAGAGUACUUAAGAUUUAAUACAUGUAUGUUCUACUUAGGUGAGUUUGUCAUCGAUACUGUGUAAUAUUGUGUUUCUAGUUUCCUUUGCUAUCUAGUGUUUGUUCUUUUUUUUUUUAGGUAGGUAACUCCGCCUAUGUCAUCUUGGGUGUAAAACUUGAUGGCAUAGACAGUCCCAAGCCUGGAAAAAGGAGGAGGGAGUAAUAUUUUGUAUACGUAUACAAAUGAUUGAAAUGAUGCUUUUGUGCUACAUAUCUUCUUUAUAUUCUAAAUGCUGUGGCGUUCUCGCCCUAUUGAGGGUCUCGAAUCUUUCCCAAGUGACACAGUUGUGGCGAUGCUGUCCAUAUUUGAGGUGUGUUGAGAAGUUGAACAACUUGCAGCAGCUGUGGCUUUACCAGGAUAUGAAAGAGGUCUGCUCACUGUUUCAAAUGAAAAUACAGAACACUCUGGUUGCCGACCCUGCUUCAAGUUUUAA